GGUUCUUUAAUUUCUGGGGUUUGUGUUUUGAGGGGAUUAGGGUUUUCUGUUGUCUUUCUUGUGAAAUAUUCAUCUUUAAUUAGAUUUAUCCAGACAGAUGUUGUGCCACUACAAGUUGUUCUUUUACUUGUUUGAGGGCAGGGAGUUCACGGAGGUUUUGAGCUUUGAACAAAGCAGGCAAAACCGAAGAGAAGAAAGCAGCGAUCUGGAUGCUCAUCAAGAUUCUAUUGCUCAUUUUCUGGAAAAGUCCACACCAUUCCAGGAGGAUUGCAUCUCUUGAAGAGAAGCUCUGCAAAAUUGAGAAGAGUUGGGCAUUACUCUGUGUUGUUAAGGACAUUUCUGUUCAAAAGUGAGAUGAAUGCAAGAAUAGGGCAUUGUGUUGGUGAGCAGUCCUAGGUUUCCUUCCUCAAUGCUGGAAAUUUCAGCUUUCAUAGUUAUGGAAGAUCUUCAAGAGAGUUCAUCAACUUCGUCCUCUUUAAUCUCUUUCUCAUCUCUGUCCUCUUCACCUAAUCAACACCCAUUGGCUAUUGAUGCUGAGCUCUGGCUGAUGGCUGAGGAAAGGAUCCAGGAGAUUUUGUGUGUUAUUCAACCUGCUCUAGUUUCUGAGCAAAAAAGGAAGGGGAUCAUUGAUUAUCUUCGGCGACUGAUAAAUAGUUAUUAUGGAGUUGAGGUAUUCCCAUUUGGCUCGGUACCACUGAAAACCUAUCUUCCUGAUGGUGAUAUCGAUUUGACUGUGGUUAGCCAUCAAAAUGUAGAAGAGGACUUGGCUAAUGAUGUCUGCAGAGUCUUUGAAAGUGAAGAGCUUGACUCUGAAUUCCAAGUUAAUGAUGUUCAAUAUGUUCGCGCACAGGUUAACGUUAUAAAAUGCAGUGUGAAAGAUAUACCGGUGGAUAUUUCUUUCAAUCAAAUGGCAGGGCUAUCUGCAUUAUGCUUUCUUGAGCAGGUUGAUGAACUUAUUGGGAAUGACCAUCUUUUCAAACGAAGCAUUAUCUUGAUCAAAGCCUGGUGCUAUUAUGAGAGCCGAAUUCUUGGUGCCCAUUAUGGCUUAAUUUCAACAUAUGCAUUAGAAAUGCUGGUUUUGUGCAUCUUCAAUAUCUUUCAUUCAUCGUUAUGUGGUCCUUUAGCUGUCCUGCAUAGAUUUUUGGACUAUUACAGCACAUUUGAUUGGGACAAUUACUGUGUCAGUAUAAAUGGUCCAGUUGCCAUAUCUUCUCUUCCCAAAAUCGUUGCAGACACUCCAGGAAAUGAUAGAGAUGAAUUACUGCUCAGUCAGGAAUUUCUGAAGAGAUGCAGGGAAAUAUAUUCUGUUCCAAUCAAGGCAUUAGAAACUACAGUACAUGAAUUUCCUGUUAAACACCUCAAUAUAGUGGAUCCUUUAAAGGAGAACAACAACUUAGGGCGAAGUGUUAGCAAAGGAAAUUUCCACCGGAUAAGAUGUGCACUUUUGCAUGGGGCUCAGAGGCUUGGAGCUAUCCUUAUGCUACCUGGUGAAAGCAUCGGUAUUGGACUAGAAAAGUUCUUUCUGAACACUUUGGAAAGGAAUGGAAAGGGACAAAGACCAGAUGCACUUGUUCCUGUCUCUGUGUUUGGUACUGGAAAAUAUGAAGAAUCUGAUCUCAGUGGAGAUUUUAACGGUUACUAUAAUGGUCUACUGUAUGGCCAGUGGUGUCAUGAUUAUACUUUACCCAUUCCUUUCCCGUUGAGUCCAUCAUCACCACCUUCUCAAGUCCGUAAUGGAAGUGCAUGGGACAGCCUGCGCCAGUUUGUGCGUUGCAAGGGAAAUAUGUUUUAUCAAUGGGGAACAGAGGUAUUUGUCCCAAGACUACCAUUCUGCCAUCCUUAUGUUUCCCGAUCAUCUGGUGCUACCUUCAAUGUUGAUGCAGUGGAAAAAUCACGAGGAACAGGCACAUAUAUUCCUGACAUGACACAUCAUUCUUACAAAGAUAAGGAUGCAUCGGCAAGGAUAAGGAAUUCUGAUUCUAAGACUCGAGUACAGACACCAAAAUCAUGUAGAAAGACUGUUCGGGAUGAAGAUUUACCUGAAACAGACAAAGAUAGAAAUGGCUGUUCCCUUGAUCUUUCACUGGAAGAAUUCCCGCAUCUUCCAGUCAGUAAGAAGCCCGCACCGUCAGAAGCCAACCGUCAGAUUGAUCAGGGCAUGGAUUGCCCUUCUGCUACAGUCUGUAUUAAGUUUGGAACUUAUGAACACUCAGUGCCACUGUUAAGGUUGUCUUCAUCAGUGGGGAAGAUGAAAUAUUCCGGUGCUUCAGCCACUUCAAACUCUAAACCAGGGUAUCCAAUGAAUCAACAAGACUCAUCUGAAAGUGAUGAAGACAUCACGGUUCUCUACAAUUUGAAAGAUGAAGACUUCCCUCCCUUGUCAUCGUGAAGAAAUGCUGAUAACAUGGAUUCGAGCCUAUGUUCUAUCCUGACCUUUCUUGCAAGAGUUUACCCCAACUUAAAAGAGGCUUUAGGAAUGGUUUUGUUGUUUUAAUUGUUUUGCAUUUUCUUGUUUUUUGCCUAAGGCAAAUUUUGUAGAUGGCACAUUUGGAGGGUGGAUUUUACACAGAUACUGCCGCCUUCUAGCCUUAUUUAGUGACUGGUAAACAUCUAUUGCCUAACACCUUAUAAUGUUCUUCA